AUGUCGUCAGAAGACGAGGAUCCAUGUCCAAGUUUUCUUUGGUAUUUUGUUGCUAGUUUUGGAUAUACGAUACUCAUUCUGGUCAUUCUGCUCGCUUACAUCAUCAUGUAUUCGUCACAUUUCAUGUGGGCCUUAAGAAAGCAAAAGGGAGCUGCGAGUAAGACCACGAAGACCACGACGAGGACGAGUCAAUCAAAAAGUAAAAGUGCGGAAAAAACUGAUGAAAGCAAUGAGAAGAAAAGUGGUAGCAAAGAAAAAGUAUCGAAUGACACUAAUGAGCCCAAAGAGUCAGGUGAGAAUUUAUUGCCGCAUUUUGCGGUUCACGAUACCGUUCGAAUGUCAUCUAUGCACAAUUUCUGCAUGAACAGAUAUGAGCAAAAAGAUGGAAGCUGGCGUAAUAAUGACAGAAAUCAAUGGGACUAA